GUUGCAGUUUGUUUAUGUUUCAGAUGUCUUCCAUUUUCGUCGAUACAUUUCUUCUUUUACAAAUUUCAAAGCAAAGACAUGAUUUUGUGAUAUGGCCGAGUUGCAUAUUAUCGGUAAAAUUGCUUUAGCGAAAAAUUUCAAAGAAUCUCAGCUUUUCUGUAAAUGGAGUUUUCAUGCUGGAAAUGGUUGGAAAAUUAUAGAAGGAAGUGAAGAAGGACAAACCCAAGAAUGUUGUGAUGUAUAUACCAAUGAACCAAUUUGGGAUCAUCCUGUCGAUAUACAUUAUACUACGCAAACAUUACAUAAUUCUCCAAAAUUACUUCUACAAAUAUUUUCUAGAGAUAAUUAUGGUAGGAUAUUAUUCAAUUCUUACGGUGUUUGUAAUAUACCCUUAUCUCCUGGAUCUCAUUGUUUGAAUUGCCAUACAUGGAAACCAAUUGGUGAUUGGAAAGAUAGACUCAGAGAUAAAUUUUUAGGAGUGGUUUUACAAUUGAAAUCUCCAAAUGUUUUAGUUAACACGAUAGAUAGAUUUGAGUUACUUACGGAAAGUAUGGGUACUGUACAAAUCGAUCUGCAUAUACUUGUCAGAAAUUUUGACAAAUUUGGAUGUCAUUAUAAAAAAAAGAGAAAAGAAAAAAAAAUGCUAAGAAUAUUUCUAUUACUGCACUUCAUUUUUUUAUUUAACAAAUUAGUCUCUCCAGAAAGAAUAGAGGAUAUAAUAACGUGUUUGAAGGGAAUAGAAUGCGAUGAAUUUGCGGAUACUGAUAAUUAUACGGAGACAUACGAUGAAGAUGGUCUUUCAUCAAACAAUUCUCAAAAUGUCAUCAUUACAAAUUUUUCUGAAUCUUCUACAUCAAGUAUUAAUUUAAUUAAUACAACUCAAAAUCAACAACCUGAUAUAACGACUAUUACGCCAUCAAUUGUAAUGCAUAAAUUUAAUCCAGAAAUGGAAAAUGAUAGUAUAUACAAAAAACAAUCGGACAUAUGUGAAUGCGAUUUAACUGUGGCAUCGUGUGACAUCAAUUGUUGCUGUGAUAUGGACUGCAAAGAUCAUCAUUUAAAAGUAUUCACUCAUUGUAAAGAUUAUCAUACAGAAUUGUAUGAUAGUCGUUACUGUUACAGUAGAAACUUUAUUGAGAGAAAUAAUACUCCUUUUAUUCUGGAAAAAUUAGCUAAUAAUUUGUUCUGCAUUCUUUACGACAAUCUUCCACCUGUAUACAGUAUUAAUAAUAACUUAGCCAUUAAUAAUCAAAAAGAUUUAUGGAAAGAGAUAAACAAAGACAAACCAAAAUGGAAAUUUGAAUAUCACCAAAGUAUGUUCACGUAUAAUAUCACUAGUAUUUAUAAAGAAGGUGAUCUUGUAUGGAAAUUACAAAAUAAUUAUAUAAAACCUUUAGAAUUACUACAAACGGGCUUUACAGGAAAAUGUUCGUUUAAAAAAACAAUUAGAUAUCUCCAUAAAUGGAAAGAUUCUUGUAUGCAAGUUGAAUUAGCCGAUACAAACCCAUUCUUGUUUCCUUCAACGUAUAAUAAUUUUACGAUUAUUAAAUCUUUGGAUUUGUUUAAUCAAACUUACAUUCUUUUGUCUGAUCAAAGCUGUCCAAAGAACAUAUGUUUAUCUCCGAUCAAUCAUUAUUGUAAGAAUUCUUGGAAUACUUGUAAUGGCAAAGAAAUAUUGGGUUCUUGCACAAAGGGAAUUUGUCAAAAUAUUAUUAAAGGAGUAAAAUAUGUAAUAAGCCAUAACGGUACUGCAGGUAUAGAUUCAAUUGAUAUACAUUUUUUAAUGGUUAAUAUUUCUCAACAAUUCUAUCAAUCCUUCGAGGUAAGUUACGAAUGGAACGAUCAGAAUGAAAAAACAAUAUUUGAACGUAGUGGUAAUCCUGGUUAUAUUCGUGGAAAACCAUUAAUCAUUGGUACCAUAAUGACAAAUAAAAGUAAUAAUAUAGAAUUUCAUUAUAUUAAUUUUAACAAAAGUAAAAGUUUUUUAACAUUGCCAUUAGGAGAACAAAAUCGUGAAUGUAGUCAAAUUAAUAGACAUAUCGUAGCCUUCGGAGAAGACAUCAAAUUGAAAUGUUCUCUGACAUUAAAUACGAUUAAUUUUACAACAACAACUUGUAUAGAAUUGUAUAACAAAACAUUAAGUAUCUUAAUCGAAGAUACUUUGAUUAAUGUAACACAAGCCGAUCGAUAUCCAAUAUAUAUAUCAAAGUUAGGUAAUUUUACAAAUAACGAUACUUCUGCAUGGAUAAAAAUCUUAAUUGAUAGAUUACCUCAGCACGUAAUAACAGGUCAAAUUCUUAAUGGUUGGAUUAAAUGUUCAGGAUUAAUAACCUCUAUAAAAUAUGAUAUAUUAUAUUCCGUAUUAUCUAAACCAGAAAGUUUAACGAAUUAUGAUAUAUUAGGGAUAGGUAUUACAUUUUCCGACGAGAGAGAUUUAUUUUGGUCAAAAUGUAUAAACAAAAAUUGUACAGACGUACUUCAAAUCGACAUUACCAGUUUUGUAAACUUUCAUGAUAUAUCUAAGCCAUCCCGAUAUUAUUUCGCAGGUGGUCCAAAUUUAGAUCUGACAUUACCCUACGACUUCUUUUAUCCAUUUUUAAAUAACGGAGAUAUAAAAAUAAAACCGUCCAUUAGUUUAAUAUAUAUCGUAGUUAUAGUUUUAUACGUCGUUGAUAUAAUGUAAUAAUAAGUGCACUCUGUGAUUAUAA